CCUCAAGCUCACAGACUUACGAGAGUGAUGACAGUUAUACCACCCGAGUGAAAUGUGCUAGGUUUUGUGAAGACCGUGUAUCAGAAUGGGAUAUUAGUAAAUUAGAAUCUUUUGGAAUCAUAUAUGACGACAAAGCAACAGAAUUAGCCGAUUUAUAUGAAUCAGCCCUGAAAGACUUGUACUUGGUACUUGGUAUCGAAGAUCUUGCUGAGUUGUGGACUAAACUUCUUGAGAUUAAGGAAAUUCUGGUGGAAUCAACUAAAAAGUGCAUGCAGAGCUUAGAUGUAGAUGAAGAAUUUUCUGAUAUUGAUUCAUUGAGUCCAUUUGCUGUUGUAAAAGAAACCGAAAAAUGUCUACAAGCAAUUGCAAAAAUUAAAGAUGAAAUGUCGGCAAAAGGAUCUACUUCAUCAUUCGAUAAUCUCUCCUGGCACCUUUUUAGCUUUUGGCAUACAGCUAUUUUGGAGUAUGUUGAGUAUUAUUCUGACCUAAUCAGAGAGUGGAGUUCCCAUGGGAGACAUGGAGUGGAGGGGGAAUUCUGUCAGCUUCUGGUCUUCUUCAGCAGGAUAUUCCUAUUGAACUCAAUGAGUGGAGAUGCUUCACCAGAAGUGACAAUGACUCUUGAUGGAGUAGAUACAACCAGUGUACCAGAUCUAAGAUACAAGUUACAGGGAGAUUGUACACAUUUUAAAACUAAUCCAUCUCUGAUGACGGCAACUGUUGGAGAG